CCUAAGUUAUUAAAGAUGGCGGCGGAGCGGAGUCGCUCCCCGAUGGAGUCGCCGGUCCCGGCCUCGAUGUUCGCCCCCGAGCCCACCUCCCCCGGGGCGGCCAGGGCUGCGGCGGCCGCCGCCCGGCUCCACGGCGGCUUCGACUCGGACUGCAGCGAGGACGGCGAGGCGCUCAACGGCGAGCCGGAGCUGGACCUCACGAGCAAGCUGGUUCUAGUGAGCCCUACAUCAGAGCAGUAUGACAGCCUACUUCGGCAGAUGUGGGAGAGGAUGGACGAGGGAUGCGGAGAGACCAUUUAUGUCAUUGGGCAGGGAUCAGAUGGGACUGAGUAUGGGCUGAGUGAAGCUGACAUGGAGGCGUCCUACGCCACAGUGAAGAGCAUGGCGGAGCAGAUUGAGGCCGACGUCAUCCUCCUGCGGGAGCGGCAAGAAGCGGGUGGCCGUGUGCGCGACUACCUGGUCCGGAAACGAGUAGGCGACAAUGACUUCCUGGAGGUCAGGGUAGCGGUGGUGGGCAACGUGGACGCUGGCAAAAGCACGCUUCUGGGGGUCUUGACACACGGGGAGCUGGACAAUGGCCGAGGCUUUGCCCGCCAGAAACUCUUCCGCCACAAACACGAGAUCGAGUCCGGGCGCACCAGCAGCGUGGGCAACGACAUUCUGGGCUUUGACAGCGAAGGCAACGUGGUGAACAAGCCAGACAGCCACGGGGGCAGCCUGGAGUGGACCAAGAUCUGCGAGAAGUCCACUAAGGUGAUCACCUUCAUCGACUUGGCUGGCCAUGAGAAGUACCUGAAGACCACGGUCUUCGGCAUGACUGGCCACCUGCCUGACUUCUGCAUGCUCAUGGUGGGCAGCAAUGCUGGCAUCGUGGGGAUGACCAAGGAGCACCUGGGCUUGGCACUGGCGCUCAACGUGCCUGUCUUUGUGGUGGUCACCAAGAUUGACAUGUGUCCUGCCAACAUCCUGCAAGAAACACUGAAGCUGUUACAACGUCUGCUGAAGUCUCCAGGCUGCCGGAAGAUCCCUGUGCUGGUGCAGAGCAAGGAUGAUGUGAUUGUUACAGCCUCCAACUUCAGCUCUGAGAGGAUGUGCCCGAUAUUCCAGAUCUCCAACGUCACAGGCGAGAACCUGGAUCUGCUGAAGAUGUUCCUCAACCUCCUCUCGCCCCGCACCAGCUACCGGGAGGAAGAGCCUGCAGAGUUUCAGAUCGACGAUACCUACUCUGUGCCGGGUGUGGGGACAGUGGUGUCAGGGACAACCCUGAGGGGCCUGAUCAAGCUGAAUGAUACUCUGCUGCUGGGCCCAGAUCCCCUGGGGAACUUCCUGUCCAUUGCUGUCAAAUCGAUCCACCGCAAGCGCAUGCCUGUCAAGGAGGUGCGGGGUGGCCAGACGGCCUCCUUCGCGCUGAAGAAGAUCAAGCGCUCGUCCAUCCGGAAAGGCAUGGUGAUGGUUUCUCCACGCUUGAAUCCCCAGGCAUCCUGGGAGUUUGAGGCUGAGAUUCUGGUCCUCCAUCACCCCACUACCAUCAGCCCACGCUACCAGGCCAUGGUGCACUGUGGGAGCAUCAGGCAGACGGCUACCAUCCUGAGCAUGGACAAGGACUGUCUGCGCACCGGGGACAAGGCCACUGUGCACUUCCGCUUCAUCAAGACCCCCGAGUACCUGCACAUAGACCAGCGGCUGGUGUUCCGGGAAGGCCGAACCAAAGCGGUGGGCACCAUCACCAAGCUCCUCCAGACCACCAACAACUCCCCAAUGAACUCCAAGCCCCAGCAGAUUAAAAUGCAGUCAACGAAAAAAGGCCCCCUGACCAAACGAGAGGACGGGGGACCCUCUGGAGGGCCAGCAGUCGGGGCACCCCCACCUGGUGAUGAAGGCUGCUCUCUGGGGACCGCACAGCCAGCUGCGUCCAGCAGCCUCCAGCCACAGCCCAAGCCCAGCAGUGGGGGCCGGCGACGGGGGGGCCAGCGUCACAAGGUGAAGUCCCAAGGGGCCUGUGUGACUCCUGCCAGCGGCUGCUAGAUCCCCCACCCCCCACGCCCAUCCCCAAGGAUCCUCGUCCUGGGGGCCAUGCUCCACCAGAUGGGCCAGCGCAGCUCUGAUGCCACCCGCCUGCCCCCAGGUCACAGCCCACGCCUCCUCAUUCCCCCACCCCCGUUUUCCAGGGGGGUUGUAAUUUAUAAGCUGAGGAAGGUGGCCAGACGUCCAGAGGACUGACCAUCUCCCUCCCUCUUCCUGUCUUCUUCCUCACACACAUUUUUGUACAUCUGGAUGGGCCCUUCGUUUUUAUUCUUUGUAUUAUCUCUGUCUAGCGUGUCUGUGGGCGUGCGGGCAGGGUGCAGCAGUCGGCCUUGGCAGUCGCUCUCCUCACGCCACCGCCAGCCGUGUCUGGGAGAACCCCUCCGAUUGUCAGGAGCUGAAGGCGCCUGCUUGCCUGUGCUCACUGCUCGGGCCCCUCCAGAGCCGGUCUCGGGGCUGGGGGCUUCCCGGUGUGAGGGUCUGCUGCCGCCGGGGCUGGAGCCCUCCCUCUGGGACUUAGGGGAUUUUACAGGGCAGAGUGGUGGCUUCCCCUUUCUUCUCUCCCCCUACUUUUCCUCUGCCCCCAAAACAGGUAAUGCCAAAAGCUCUUAAGUUGUAACCUAUAGCUGUGUGGUAGGGAUUGGUGAUUGGAUUGUAGGGCUCUGCCUGCCCCUAACUGACCCUUGGCAUUGACCCAAAGACAGCGGACAGCUUUCCUUCCCUUGGAGACAAUCCUGCGUGUGCCCAGCCCAGGAGCUGCCUCCUGCUUGGUCUUGGGCUCUGAAUCUUGUCGGGCCUUGGGGCACUGGUGACCUAGGCUGGGGUUGGACUGCUGGCGUGGAGAAGGGGAUCCAUAUUCACUAGCACUUCUAUUGGUUGGGAUGCAUGGUGUUCCUCUGAGCUGACAAGGAGCCCACCACCCCACCCCAGUAUGGCUGCUCCAGGAGCACCGCAGUCCAUGGCCUGAGGCCCGGGAUGGGAGUGUGGGGCUGACAGGUAGGGGGUAGUAAAGAAAAACUUUCAGGCCCAAGAGAGCAUUAAAGCCUCUGGAAGAAUCACUGCUGGGGAUGCGGGUAGGGCUGCCCAGGCCAGAGACGGCCACAUGGGCCUUAAACCAGCCUGGUCUGAGCUGUGGACUGAAGCCCUCAGUUUAGGGCGGGCUGAUGGGUGAAGAUGUGUUCUUUCUCUUGCCGGGGCAGAUACCCAGCUGGCUGGGUCCUUCCUCAGCCUCGUCUUCCUCCUCUCUCCCUCCCGAUCCUUCUCUUAUGCCUCCAAACUACUGGUCACCCCUCCUCCCCACUAUUUCUAGUUACCACUGACCGUGGUCAUGGACCGACCGACCAGACCAGCACACAGAAUAAAAGUUGGUUCAAGUUGAUGGUGUCCUCUUCCCUGCCCAACCUCUCCCUCGGGCAGUCUCCAGUGCCCAGGCUCCCCCUCCAGCCGGGACGUGGGACGAGUGACCACGCUCCUCUGAACCUCAGUUCCUCUUUCGCAGCAGUGCACGAGGAGCAGCGAGAGCAUGAGCGCCCAUGUGUGGGACGUGGUCCCUUCGCUGUUCAGGCCUGUGCGGCUCCCAGGCCCACGGCCAAGGCCAGGGCGGGGGGCACGUGGCCCGACUUCUCUGCUCCCAGGUGCUGAGGUCAGCAGUUACCAUCUGUGGGGCGCUGGUGUCCCUCCUUUUUUUCAGUUGAGGGAGCAGCUCAGAGAAGCACAGCUUCACCAGCAGGCUGGGCCGCAGCCACUCACGGUCAGAGGUCCUUUGUAUCCUGGGGCCUCUGCCUUCUCCUAUGACCACUGGCCAUUGCCCUCUUGCUCUUUGGGCUUGAUUACGGGGCCUCUGCCCUCUGGUGCCUCGGUGGCGGGAGGACUGCAGUCGCCACAUCCUGCUCCGUCACCACGCCGCCCUGUUGUAUUUCCACAGGACUGGGCCACGACAGCCCUCUUGGCAAGCGGAGACUUGUUUUAACUCUUUCCCCUCCAAGCAUAGCCACCUUACAUUUGGAAAUGGCCCCCUGCCUGGCCUUUGCCCUCAGACACUCAGGAGGGGUCUGGGUGUCCUGCCACCAGGCCCACACCCACUGGCAGGGGCUGACUGAACAGUGUUUUGUCACCGUGGACGACCAGGUGCCCUGCCGGUCUCAGCCCCCAGCUCUCCACUUGGAACAAGACACCAGCCCUUUUGUAGUUGACUGAGAAUAAAGUUGUUGAUCGGAUCAUCUCUCGUGACAAAUCCCGCUCGUCCUGCGUCUGGUACACGUGCCGUGUCUUCAGUUGGCCAGGACGGCUCUGCUGGCUUUGUGGCCUCCCUGGUGCGGAAUAAGUUACAGGAAUAUGCAGUGGGCUGGG